AUGGCUGAUCACGAUCAUGGCACCAUUGAUUUCUUUUCAAGGCUGACAAACCUCAUGCUAGUUUAUAUAAUCUCCUUCUUGCCAUUCAAGGACGCAGCAAGAACAAGCGUGCUGUCGAAGAGAUGGUACCAAGUGUGGCAUUCCACGAGGAACGUUGAGUUCAAUGAGAACUUCUUUGUCAAACCUGGUGAUGAGGAGUCAGAGGAAAUAACAGAGAAGCAGAGGAGAGCUUUCGUUGAUUUUACGCGACGAUGGAUGUUAACUUACAACGGAGAAGUGAUUGAUACACUUUCACUCACAUUUUCAAGACCCAGAAAAUUUUCUUCUGAGAUGAAUGAGUGUAUCAACUUUGCCAUUACGCGCAAUGUUCAAAGGUUAGUCCUCGAUUUCUCUGAUCCAACCACCGUUCAUCGAGGGGUGUUUGAGUUGCCUCCAUUUGUAUAUGGACAUGAAGGCCUUAAGUCACUGAAGUUGUUCUCAUGCAAUUUUGAUGUGUCAAGAUUGAACAACUUCAAUGCACUUAAGGAACUCUCUUUGGGAUGGAUUAAAGUAAGCAUGUCUACAAUCAAGGACUUGCUUAGGAAGUGUCCUUCACUAGAGAGUUUAAGCCUGAAGAAUUGUUCGAGCGUGGACCAUAUCGAGAUUUCUGCGCCAGAUUUGCGCCUAAGAAGUCUAGUUUUUGACAAAUGUGAGUUAGAUCAACCAUACUUGAUGAUUAAGGCACCAAAUCUCCGCGUCCUGAAGUAUUCGGGGGACUUACCUACUUUUGAAUUCUGGAGGCCAGAGAGCUUAGUAGAGGCUGAUCUUGAUUUCGCGUCAGAGACUGAAUUCGAAGAAGUUGGCGACCUUGUUCAAGAAAUACUAAGAGAAAUUGCAUGUGUCCAAGUUCUGACUGUUUGCAGUUACCUUCUGCAGGUUAUACCUAGUGGGACAGAACCAUUAGGAAUGGAAGUUGCCUUAAACGUUCGACAUCUGAUUCUGAAGACUGAACUUCACAGCAAUGUGUUUUUCGGGAUCAAAUUCAUGCUCAAGAGUUGUCCGGUGCUCGAAACUCUUACUAUCCAACUAGGCCCUGCAAGAAUGUUCUCUGACUAUGAGCCUCCAUUUGUUCUCAGGCCUCGGGUUUUUUGGAAGGGAAGUCAAGUUGUUUUCGAUUGCUUGGCGAAUACUCUGAAGGUUGUGGAGGUUCAAAACUUUAAAGGAAGUGAGAAUGAGAUCAACUUGCUCAACUAUCUCAUCAAAUUAGGGAAAGUAUUGGAAGGAUUGAAGCUCUGUGUGUCGAAAGAAGAUAAUGGUGCUGGUGAAAACCCGGAAUUGUACCGGGAACGAGCCCUAGAAGUGCUGCAGAUACGGAGGGCCUCCCCGACUUUGCGAAUUGAUAUUGUGUGAUAAUGUUUGUGUUUGUGCUAUGUUUUAUGUUGUGUGCUGCUUUCAAUGAACUAGUACUAUUUUCUUUCUCUUUAUGGGCUAUGUACAUGAUUUUUUGGCCAGAAGAAAUUGGCAGCUUCAGAA